AUGCUACCAUCAACACUUCAAUCCGUAUUGCUUCUGCUGGGCGCGGUACUUCCAGUCUUGGCCCAGAAUCGACCACUCUGGUGGGAAGAAUGUGAUCCUCCUCGAGAGAACACACAAUGCGCCAUGCACAGUGACAUCCUCGACUAUGCCAGGCCAUGGGGAAUGUUCACCAAAGUCGCCGUCAUGCGCAUCCGCUCAAAGCUGAAGAAGCCCAAGGCUGUUUUAUUCCUCCCCAGCGGGCCUAAACGGUCCGGAAUCAACCUUCUAAAGCAAUACCUCGACGACCCAUCGCAUCAUGUGCACGAGCUCCUCAGCCAGUACGAUAUAAUGGGCAUGGAUCCUCGAGGUUCAGGACUGAGCCCUCCCAUCAAAUGCAACGCAACUCUAUGGAAUCGCCGAGCGCCCUCCAUGGUCAAGAACGAGGUGGAAUAUGUUGAAAUGUACUACCACUGGAUGGAGGUUGGAGAAGCCUGCAAAAAGAUGACGGGACGGAUGUUCGACAAUAUGGACACCAAGUCGAUUUCUCUGGACAUGGACAGCAUACGAUACAACAUGCGGUUUGACGAUACGCCCAUGCACUUGAUUGGGCAUUCCUACGGGUCGCAUAUUGGCAUCACCAACCUGGAAAAGGCUCUGCCCUUUGCCGGCCAUAUUGUACUAGACGGCGUUGUAGAUCAUACACAUGAUCCAAUGGCAAUCAUGCAAGCAGAAUCUGCUUCUUUCGAAAUGACGCUCAGGCAUUUCUUCAAGUGGUGUCAAGAAGAUGCGUCUUGUGCACUGCAUGACCAGAACGAUGUUGAGGGUUUCUUCAAGCAGUUGGUUGCCAAGUUUGAAGCUGCACCAAUCCCAGCACCAAAGUGCAAACAAACUGGCAAAGAAGCAUGUCGAUCCGACGUCAGCUUGGAAGAGAUGAUGACGGCUUUACAGCAAGAUUUGGCUCCAGGGCAGGCCGGAUGGGGUUCCUUGGCUACUCACCUGUUGGCAGCAUCUCAAGGCGAUGCAUCUGCGUUUUCGAUGCCCUGGUUCAUCAACAAUACCGAUCCUUCGGGAACAUGGGCUACGCUUGCUACUGGCUGUCUGGAUUGGCAACACGCCCGCGACUAUCUCGAGCUUCAAGCCGCCCAGCGUACGUUGAGGCUGCUCUCGCCACUCACGCGCGGAUUCUCUCAGAGCUACAGCUUCUUUUCCAGAUGCAUUUCAUGGCCACUGCCGAAAGAGGGAGUGCUUUUUGGCAAUCAGCCAAUAACUCCCGAGUUAGUUCACAAACUACAUCCGGUACUGAUGAUUAGCUCGUUUUUGGAUCCUAUAACCAGCGCUCAGAACGCAAUAAACCUGCGUUCAAUUAUGCCAGAGGCGGUGCUCGUAUUCAAGAAUUGGACUGGUCAUAUAACCUAUGAUGCGCCGGGAGAGUUGGCCAAGAUGGUGAACAACUAUCUGCUGACUGGAGAGAUGCCCGAUGAUGGAACGGUAUACCAAUCUUAG